AUGUCCCGGUUUCCUGCCGUCGCGGGCAGGGCGCCAAGGCGGCAGGAGGAGGGUGAGCGGUCAAGAGAUCUCCAGGAAGAGCGGCCCUCGGCUGUUUCCAUCGCUGAUAGAGAAGAGAAAGGAUGCACAUCACAGGAAGGAGGAACUACUCCAACUUUUCCUAUUCAGAAACAAAGAAAAAAGCUUAUUCAGGCUGUGAGGGACAAUUCAUUCCUUAUUGUUACUGGAAAUACAGGAAGUGGUAAAACAACUCAACUCCCAAAAUAUCUGUAUGAAGCAGGGUUUUCACAACAUGGUAUGAUUGGUGUAACUCAGCCACGAAAAGUAGCUGCCAUAUCUGUUGCUCAGAGGGUUGCUGAAGAAAUGAAAUGCACUUUGGGAUCCAAAGUAGGAUACCAAGUUCGUUUUGAUGAUUGCAGCUCUAAGGAAACAGCAAUCAAAUACAUGACUGAUGGUUGUUUACUGAAGCACAUUCUGGGAGAUCCAAAUCUUACCAAAUUCAGUGUCAUUAUUUUGGAUGAAGCCCAUGAGAGAACUCUUACUACAGACAUCUUAUUUGGUUUACUGAAGAAACUAUUUCAGGAGAAGUCUCCUAACAGGAAGGAGCAUUUAAAGGUGGUGGUGAUGUCAGCAACUAUGGAAUUAGCCAAGCUAUCUGCAUUCUUUGGAAAUUGUCCAAUAUUUGAUAUACCUGGAAGACUUUAUCCUGUCAGGGAGAAAUUCUGCAAUUUGAUUGGCCCACGAGACAGAGAAAAUGCUGCAUAUAUUCAAGCGAUUGUGAAAGUGACCAUGGAUAUCCAUUUGAAUGAAAUGGCUGGAGACAUCUUGGUUUUUCUGACUGGCCAGUUUGAAAUCGAAAAAAGUUGUGAGUUACUUUUUCAGAUGGCAGAGUCUGUUGAUUAUGAUUAUGAUGUCCAAGAUACCACUCUAGAUGGGUUGUUAAUAUUGCCAUGUUAUGGAUCUAUGACAACAGAUCAACAGAGAAGAAUAUUUUUGCCACCUCCUCCUGGAAUUAGAAAAUGUGUCAUAUCCACUAAUAUUUCUGCAACAUCUUUAACAAUAGAUGGAAUCAGAUACGUGGUAGAUGGUGGCUUUGUGAAACAGUUAAAUCACAAUCCCAGAUUAGGAUUGGACAUCCUGGAGGUGGUUCCAAUUUCAAAGAGUGAGGCGUUACAGCGAAGUGGCCGAGCUGGUAGAACUUCCUCAGGAAAAUGCUUUCGGAUUUAUAGUAAAGAUUUUUGGAACCAGUGUAUGCCUGACCAUGUGAUCCCUGAGAUUAAAAGGACUAGUUUGACAUCCGUAGUUCUGACCUUAAAGUGCCUUGCCAUACACGAUGUUAUAAGAUUUCCCUAUUUGGAUCCACCUAAUGAGAGACUUAUUUUGGAAGCUCUUAAACAACUUUACCAGUGUGAUGCUAUCGACAGGAGUGGCCAUGUGACCAGAUUGGGCUUGUCUAUGGUAGAGUUUCCUCUCCCCCCACAUCUAACUUGUGCAGUAAUAAAGGCUGCUUCUCUGGAUUGUGAAGAUCUGCUACUUCCAAUAGCAGCAAUGUUGUCUGUGGAAAAUGUCUUCAUUAGACCUGUUGAUCCAGAGUACCAGAAGGAAGCAGAACAGAGACAUCGAGAAUUGGCAGCUAAAGCUGGAGGAUUUAAUGAUUUUGCAACUUUAGCUGUCAUCUUUGAACAGUGCAAAUCAAGUGGAGCUCCAGCUUCAUGGUGCCAAAAACAUUGGAUUCAUUGGAGGUGUUUAUUUUCUGCAUUUCGUGUAGAAGCUCAACUUCGAGAACUAAUCAGGAAGCUUAAGCAGCAAAGUGAUUUCCCAAGAGAGACCUUUGAAGGUCCUAAACAUGAAGUACUACGAAGAUGUCUUUGUGCAGGCUAUUUCAAAAAUGUAGCUCGAAGCAGCUGGGAUCCAGGUAAGGGGAGGGACACAGGCCCCAUUCCCAAGAGCAAGAAAGCUGGGGUGGGGGGGAAGCCAGGUGACAAGACUGACCGAGCAGCAGAGGCAGGGAUCCAACUUCAUGAACAGGAAACCAAACUUGAAUGGAUCAUUUUUCAUGAAGUAUUAGUUACCACCAAAGUCUACGCGAGAAUAGUGUGUCCAAUUCGUUAUGAAUGGGUGAGAGACUUGUUACCCAAGUUGCAUGAAUUUAAUGCACAUGAUCUGAGCAGUGUGGCCCGACGUGAAGCGAGGGAAGAUGCAAGAAGGAGAUGGACAAAUAAGGAAAAUGUAAAGCAGCUAAAGGAUGGAAUAUCAAAAGAAGUCCUGAAGAAAAUGCAAAGAAGAAAUGAUGACAAGUCCAUAUCAGAUGCACGUGCUCGUUUCCUAGAGAGAAAACAGCAGAGGACCCUAGACCACAGUGACACACUGAAAGAAACAGGCUAA